ACAUUUAUAAAAGUUCUGUCUACAAGUGUAUUCGUUUAAUUUGCUCAAUAUUUUUAUCUUUUGAAAUUGUUUUCUUGAGUAUUUUUUACAUUUAAUUCUCAUAAUGAGUAGUAAAUUAACAUAAAUGAGGUGUAAAAGGCAGUUAAUAAAAUGAACAGCGGUUGUGGAUAACACCAAGUUGGAUAUAUUUUGUACGAGUCAAUGUUCAGACAAUCUAUACAAAAAUAGUUGCCUGAAAAAUCGAUGUAUCUGGAGUUUAAGGAGCGUUAAUUUUUGGAUGGAUCAUACUGAGCGUUUUGAUAUAGUCAUCAUAUCCAAAUUUAAUUGUAUUUGAUUAAUAUCACGAAACGCUUCUAUGAAGCAGGACAUUGGUUUGGGUAUUUCUUAUUCGGCACAGCCAUCAAUAAACUAUUGUGCAUCAAAAAAAUCGACAAUAUCUCAUCCCACGAUUACUUUCGAGAUAAACAAAUUAAUACCUUCUUACUGGAAACCAAUGUCUGGUGGGGAAUUUAAUGUACAUAUGUAAAUAAAAUUUCGAACUUUCGCAGAUCAAUUCAUCUUGAAUGAUGAAGACCAUUACUUUGGUCAGUGUAGUAGAACUUACUAAAUUUUUGAAGUCUUAAAUAAGAUUUAAGUUUUAAAUUGAAUUUGUAGUUUGAGCCAACUGUGUUUACUAUAUAUGCAUAGGAUAUAACUGUGUACAAUUUUCGAAUAUUUAGGAUUAUACAAUACCAUAAAUAUAGUUUCUUAUAAAAGUAGUUGUUUUUUAAUAUUUACCAAGUAAUUUAUUUGAAGAACGCCUAUUCUGAGGGUAAAUUUGAAUUAUCAUUUAAACCCCCAUUGAUAUUUGCAUAUAUGUACAAAAACGUAACUCUUAGUAAUUAAUAAAAACCAUAAAAAUAUGAAUUAAUAUAUCAAUUAUUUUUUGCUACGUCAUUUUGAAUACAAAUUUGGUUUAUUUCAUUAAUCAGUACUUGAAGCUUGUCGCCAAUCAAACACGCGCAUUCUGAGUGAUAAUGGUCUUUUCGUUAGAGCUAUCAUAUUUAAAUAGUUAAACUAAAACAUUGGUACCUAUAUGAUUCUGCCAUUUUCUUAUUUUAAUAUACUCUCAACAAACAUACGUACAUAUGUGUGUGGACUGCAUUUGUGCUAUCCUUAUUAUUUUUACUGCUAUAAUAUAAAGUAAAGCAUAUCAAGUAUCAACAAAAGAAUAUGCAUAUGUGUUAGUGUGCAUAUACAUACAUGUAUGUAGCUAAAACAGAACAGUCAUCUAAAGCCCACAGUCGGUUAUUAAUAGCCUUUUAUAUUAAAAAAAUAUAAAUAUAUAUAUAUAUUAUAUAUACAUAUAAAUAUUGAAUAUAACUCAUAGCUAAAGCAUAUGAAGAGUUCGACUUUAUCAUUAAGUUAAAAAUGUGUCAAGUAGCAUUUGAUAAUAAAUAAUUUUUUCAUUGAUAUUUAAGAAAUAUGUACUCGUGUAUACCCAUAUGUACAUAUAUUUACCUAAAAUAUUUUCCUUUAAAAUAAGUUUUUGUACAGCUAUAAAUGCGCACUCGUAGUAAUAGUUAUAAUUUACAGUUAUGUUAAAAUACAGUAAAUAUAAAUAUCUAUAUACCUAUGUAUGUGCUCACUUGUUUACAUAUUAUUUUGACCUUUAAUGCAUUUAAAUACGUAGUAUCAAAGGCUCAUCACUACAAAAAGAGAACAAAAAUUUUUUGCACAUUGUCACAUGUACAUACAUAUAUACUGGUACAUACGUACAUAAAUAAUCUAACUUAGGUGAAUCUCAAGUACCUUACAUAAUUUACGAUAAAACUAUAUAAUUUAAUUUCUCUUAAAACUCUAAAAUUUAUCUUUGACACUCAAGUUGUAUGAAAUAUUGAAUUGUUACUUAAUCAAAAAGCAAAGUUUUAUCUCUUGUCUCAUCUAAAUUCCUUAUCUGGUGUUGGGAUGCAAUAUUUCCACCUGAAAGUAUGAUCAACAGUAUUUACUACAACUAGUUGAACUAAGUGAUUUUUUUUCUAACUGAUCUUUCUCUUCUAUUAAAUAUGUACGAAGCCAUUUCUGUUCGAUUAAUAAGUUUAAGAAGUAGUAAAAAGUAUUUAAACUUGAUUAAUGUACUUUUAUUUUUAUUUUACUUUGUUUUGCUUUGACUUUUGAACUUGAAUAUUGAUUGCACUUUUUCCAUUAGGGCGCUUCUUGAUCUUCCAUGAAAUAAAUGUAAGCAAAUCACACUACACAUUUUUUGCAUUUACAUUUGUUGUUCUAUACUUUGUAUGCGUUUGUAGUGGUGCGUUAUCAGCAUAGGCACAAUGCGAUUACAUCUGUAAUUGAUAUUUCUCACUUUUUGUAAGUUUCAACAACGCGUGUACUUGCCUCUCUUCAAUGAGAUGUUUGUACUGUUGUACAAUGUGUAUGCAAUGCACUUCUUUGUUGAGGUUUUUUUUGUUUUCCAAACGUGAGUCUUAAAUAUUGCCGUGAGUUUAAACAUUUGUGUACUUGCUAUCCACUUUUUUGAUAAAAUAUUUAACAUGUAUACAUACAUAUAUACAUAUAUAUAUUUUUAUUCAUAUGCUCGUAUGUGCAAUAUAGUACUUCUGGAGUGGAGUAAAUGAUCGUUUUUAGGUAAACCAGUCUGAAUGUCAUUGGAAGGUUUACUAGAAUAGCUUUUUGCAGCUUUUAAGCCCUUAAUGAGGUGAACAUAUAAUUCAAAUAUUCAAAAGACCGACAAUUCCAAGGUAUUAUAAAACAUAAUUGAAAUUCAUCAACAGGAACAAAAAGUUCCUACAAUGUCGGAGGGCGGUGUACUCCACAUAAAACAGGAGUUGGAUAUUAGCACCUCAUGUUGCAGUCCGAGCACGUCUACCACAGUAGGCGUAAAUCGCUCGAAUUCGUAUUCAAAUGGCACCAGCGGUAGUACAAGCAGCACUAGUAGUGGCAGUGCGAUCAGUGGUGGUGGAACAGGUGGCAAUACAUCAACCAGCGGCAACAAAUCUUCACCUUCAGUGUCUCCAGAACGUCAAUUGUGUAGUUCAACAACAACGCUAUCUGCUGAUUUGCAUAGUGUCACCCUAACGGGAUGUGAAGCAAGUACACCAAUUGCCUUAAAAUCAAAUGAUUGCGGUGUUAACAAUACUAAUAGCACCAACAGUGCUGGAUCAACUGGUGGUGGCUCAAUACGCGAUGAAUUACGCCGUCUUUGUUUGGUGUGCGGUGAUGUUGCAUCUGGUUUUCAUUAUGGUGUAGCUAGUUGUGAGGCAUGUAAAGCGUUCUUUAAGCGAACCAUACAAGGAAAUAUUGAGUACACGUGCCCUGCUAAUAAUGAGUGCGAGAUUAAUAAGCGCCGACGUAAAGCCUGUCAGGCGUGCCGAUUCCAGAAAUGUUUGCUGAUGGGUAUGCUAAAGGAGGGCGUACGUUUGGAUCGUGUGCGUGGAGGUCGACAAAAAUACCGACGAAAUCCCAUUUCGAAUUCAUACCAAACCAUGCAACUGCUUUAUCAAUCCAAUAGUACCUCACUGGAAGAUAUCAAAAUUCUUGAGAUACUAAACGCAUAUGAGCCAGACACUUUAACGGUGCAACAGCAGCAACAACCACAUACCACUACCGAAAGUAGUAGUAACACUGGCACCGGCAAAGCCACUCAGAAUACUUCUGUCAAGUUGGAACAAAAUAAUUGUAGCAGUGGCGGCAGCAAUAGCAACAACAGCGAAAUAUUGUCUUCCAGUGCACAACCAGUAUGCAUUUUUCAAAAUAACAAUUGUGAUGCCGAAGAAAUUCUUGCUGUCCUCAGUGAUAUAUAUGAUAAGGAGCUGGUAAGUGUGAUUGGCUGGGCCAAACAGUUGCCGGGCUUCACUGAGCUGCCGCUAAAUGACCAAAUGAAAUUGCUGCAAGUUUCUUGGGCGGAAAUUUUAACAUUACAGUUAAGUUUUCGUUCACUGCCAUUUAAUGGCCGCCUGUGUUUUGCAACAGACGUAUGGAUGGACGAAUUGUUAGCAAAAGAAUGUGGGUAUGCUGAGUUCUAUUAUCAUUGCGUACAAAUUGCUCAACGUUUGGAGCGUUUAUCACCACGACGCGAAGAAUAUUAUUUGCUUAAAGCAUUAAUUCUGUCUAAUUGUGAUAUUUUGCUGGAUGACCAAAGUUCAUUACGAGCUUUUCGCGAAACAAUACUUAAUUCAUUGAAUGACGUCGUAUGCUUAUUGCGAUAUGGAUCCGCAGUGUCACAUCAGCAGCAGCUGCUCCUUCUUUUGCCAGCAUUACGACAAGCGGACGGCAUUUUGCGUCGAUUUUGGCGUGAUAUUUGUCAUGAGGGUAAAAUAACAGUGAAAAAAUUGUUUGUGGAAAUGCUGGAACCAGUGUCCAGGUGAAAAUGUCCUUGUAGAAGUUGCAAGUUAUGAGUGUUCUUGUAUAUAAAUAUUUCCCCAUUGUUGUUGUGAGAAAAUAUUUCACCAGAAACAACACUUUUAUCAAUCAUAUAUAUGGAAACUCAAUUUAGGGGUAGAAAAUUAACAGUUCAGUUUUUCUCCGUCUGUGACGGUGUAGUGGGUUUUUGUGGAGUGUUAGUGGGGCUUUCAGAGGUUACAGUAUCGAAUUUAUUUCUAGCAACAAGUUUACAAACAAACCACUUUGUAAAAAAUCACACUUUUGUUACAAAUUCUUUCAUGAGAAAUAUAAUUCAGGCCAUUCGGAAAAAAGUGCAUACUAAAUAUUACAAUUGGAUUCACAGAAAGAAUUUAGAGAAAAGUAAAGUUUUAGAAUGGUAGCGUGUCAUAUGGUGGCUUAUUCAUAAAAAACUUUGUUUUUUUGUAAAAAAUAUCGUCGUAUAUAAUAUACUAGUUUUCGGGAGGUUGGAAAUUUUUGAUUUUUAGCAUUAAUAAUUACAUAUGCAUAAUAUCUUGUGAUGAUAUAUGUAUCAUACAUUAGAAAUUUGUGUACUUAGCUUUUGUGAGAUAUAUAUAUACAUAUAUACAUAUAUAUAUAUACCUAUAUAUAUAUAUUUGGGCGACUCGAUUUUUUUUCUAUAAAAUCGCAUAUGCGGAAAAUGUCUAAACCGGUUUCGAGUCAGCGGCCACCUACAAAUCAACCCGCUCUAUUAAUAUAUAAUAUUUUUUCCCAGCAUAAAAAAAUCUCUAUAUACAUACAAACAUUAUAUUUUUUCCCAGCAUAAAAAAUUCUCUAUAUACAUACAAACAAAAUUAUAUAUGCAUAUAGAAAUGUUAAUAAACAAAUUUACUUCUUUUAUUUUAUUUUUUUUUGAAUAAGCUGAUUAACAAAUUUAAAAUUCAGAUAUUGAAAAUUUCAGUACAUUUCAUAAUUUCGUUAAUGAAAUUGAUUUUAAAUGAUACUCAAUUGAAAGCCUAUAGCCUUGGUGAAAGCAUUGUAACAAUAUAUAUCUAAAGAUGAAAUGCAAAGUUUUAUUCGCGUUUCGAUACGGCAUAUGGUGUAAAAUAUUGCACAAUAAAUCAAAAUACCGCAAAUGGUAUACCUUACGAAAUACCUCCUUUAUAACAGUCAAAAUAGAAAAUAUAAAAAAAAAUUCUAAUAAAAACCAAAAUACAUAUAUUUGUAUUGUAUAACCCAUAUAUAUUUGUAUGUAUGUGAAUUCAAUAUACAUACUGAGAUAUAUGAAUAACAAAUACUUUGUAGAUGAAUUUUUGUAAAUAAUAUAUAAAUUAGCUUAGUCACUAAGGGCCAAGUAGCUUUUAAGUGGUAGUAAUAAAGUGUUAGAUAAUAUUUAAUGUGUAUCACAGUAAUUUUAGAAAAUAUAUAUAAUAUACAUAUACUUGAUAUAUUAACGACCAACUGUUUGCAUAUUUCUGAAAAUAAAAUACAUAAUGAUUGA